UGGCCUCCCACCACGGCGGUGGCUGGGGGCAGCCGGACUAAAACUUUCUAAAAAAUCAGGUUUAACCUCUUCAAAUCGGUCCGUCAUACCGCCACAGGAACCAGCAAACGUACUGUCAAGAUCAAGACAGCCCAACAGAAAACGGUUUUAAAGGGCGUUAGCUGGAACGUUUCUUAUAGUUGAAAACAAAGGCACAACAGUAUCCUAAGCUUUUACAACUGUGCAAAGUCUUAGGAGGGACUCACACAACUCACCAUGGCUGAAGGACAUCAUGACAAUACUGCAGAUGUUAUUAAGUACUUCUUUUUCAUCAAGGAGAAUGUCAGCUCAGAUUGGAAAGACCUGGCCUUCCAUCUUGAUUUUCGGCGGUCAGACACUGACAACAUUUCCGGUAGAAACCGGGAUGACAAGUCCCGCUGUAUGGACCUGUUGGAGGAAUGGCUCAAGUGUAACGGGGAGAAAGCCACCGUAGAGGUCCUGAUGGAGGCUCUGUCUCAGGCAAACCUACAAAGUACAGUGGACGGACUAAAGAACAAAUAUCCUGAGUUGAAGACACCGCAAGCCUCAAGUAGCCAACAGGAAAUGAAAGAACUGUUCCAGAAGGCAAUACGGAAGUACUAUGAGUUGAAACUGACCUACUUCAAGCCUCUGAUCUGGAACGAUAGCUUCACUGUUACUCUCAGUGACAUCUUCACCCAGUUAGAAUUGAUACCAAUAAAAGAGAAACAACUGAGAAUGUCUAAAAAUCUCCACCCAGGACAAGGAACAAAACUCAAUUCAUUAGACGCCUUGUUCAAACCCGACGAUGGCACAGGUCAAUCCCAACCACCAAGGUGCAUUCUGAUUGAGGGUGAAGCCGGAGGGGGGAAGACAACGUUUCUGUCCAAGGCAGCCCUGGAUGCCGUCUCACAGAAAACAGAGCUGGGCAAACGACACGACAUCGUCCUAUUGGUCCGACUCCGGGAGGUGAGAGAAGGGGAGACCAUAGAAGAGAUGGUGUGGGACCAGUGUGUGCCUCAAACGGUAGGUGUUGAUGUAGAGUCCAUCAGAGCAAUGCUUCAAAGGAACGAGUCCCGGGUGCUCUUUCUCCUAGAUGGGUUUGAUGAGCUUCGACCCAAAGCCAGGGCUGACAGACAGGCUAUUCCCAAACUGUUGGAGGGCAAACUGUACCCCAACAGCACAAUCGUGAUCACCUCCAGACCCUCAGCAGGAGUGCAGCAGUACACUCGGCCAGACUGUCAUGUACACAUCAUGGGCUUCUCCGUCCCGGAGGUGGUACAAUAUAUCAGGCAGUAUUUCAACAUUGCCCAAAACUCCGAACGAGGAGAACACCUCAUAAAUCAGCAUUUUAAAAUCAUGAUUCGUUCGGAAAGCCGCAUUGUUCAUGAUUUGAUCCACACUCCUAUUUUCCUAUUAUUGAUUUGUGUGCUGUGGGAGGAGAACCAAGAGAUGGUGUCUACUGGAACAAUGACGGGGCUGUACGACAGCCUUCUGACAUGUCUGGUCAGAAAGUGCUGUAAGCGGGAAGGGGUGGACAUGCCAACAGACGGGCUGCCUACAGAAGUGGCAGAUUCAUUACUGCAAUUUGGCAAGCUAGCGCUAGGGGCACUGCAGAAGAAUGAGACCCUUAUAGAUCUUGCAGAAGUAGAGAGAGAAAAUGUGAACUGGGAGUUACUGCUUAAGUUGGGCGUGGUCUCCUUGGAAGUUUCUGCCUCUAAACUACACCCUAGGAAACAACUGAACUUUUCCCACAAGACGAUGCAAGAGUACCUUGCCGGAAGAUAUGUCGCACAUGCUCUGAUGAACCAAGACGUUGCUGAACUGCUGCAGCUCACCUCGAUAAGAAAGGCGGUUCAACUCAAGAACCUGCUUCGGUUCACGUGUGGCUUUAAUUCACAAGCGGCGCAAGCUGUCUUUACUGAGCUGAGCAAUCUCCGUAGCAAAGUGUUUCCACAUGUACAUGUAGGUAAGUUCAAGACACGAGGUCCUCUAUAUUCUAAGUUAGAUAAGGAGAAUAAAAGGGAAAUCUAUGAAGAGUUUACUUUGCUCUGCCUCGACCUCUUGGAUGAAAGAAAAGAGCGAGGUGUACUGAGGGCUGUCAGCAAUGCCCUGCCAGCUAUCUUCAUAUUCUUUCAACCAGGAAUUAAACCACAAGAUAGCCUUAUGCGUUACUUGGACAACAUCCUAUCAUCGCAACAUCAGGACAAAGUAAAGGUUUUUGCCCGUUUCACUGACAAUGUUCCACUGUACACUGAUCACAAUCUGGCCUUAUACUUUCUUAAACCGCGAUUAGAAUUGAGACUGACGAUUCAAAGCCUUAAUCGUUCACCCGAUGAAACUACCAGGCUGGUGUCAGUUCUGAAGUAUGUUUCUGGUCUGAGGGGGCUGAAACUGUCGUUUUACCUGAAACGCUCUCUGACACCAUCGUCACUCCAGCAACUCGUUACGGGGUUCAGACAUAUGUCUCAGUUAGAAGAGCUUGAUCUUUCUUUCAACCCUGAUCUCGGUGAUGCUGGUAUUGAUGUCCUGAAGGAUGGACUGUCCAGUAUGCCCCAGCUAGCUGUACUCCGCCUUGGGGAUGUCGUAUUUGGAACAGGCAUGACGGCUGUAGGCAUGGCAUCGAUGGCACCCUUCAUGCGCCACCUAACGGGCCUCAGAGAACUGGACAUAUCUUCGAAUGAGAUCGGCGACACCGGGCUGAAAUCUCUCACCGACGUCCUCCACGUUUUCACCGCCUUGCAGGUGUUGGGCCUGAGGAGCACCGGUAUCAGCUCCGCAGGCAUGCGCACACUGGUCCCUGCACUGUGUAAGCUAACCAGGAUGGCGGAACUGGACAUUAGCUGCAAUACCCGCAUAGGAGACCCUGGAUUGGAAUGCCUGGCUGACAUCCUCCCCCACCUCACGGGCAUGAAGGUGUUAAAUCUUAGUGGCAUAGGUGUCACUGACAGGGGGGUAUCUGCUUUGAUCGUAGGUCUGCCUCACAUGGAACUACAGGUCCUUGAUGCGAGAUGGAAUGAGAUAGGGGAAUCAGGGAUCGUCUCACUGGUUCAAACUAUCUGCCAGCCGGUGGACGUGGCACGAAACACAGCCCCUCACUGUAACUCCACAGUGCAGGAGCUGUACAUCGGGUGGAAUAAAGGAGUAACGGGAGCUGCACUGGAGACGGUUGCACAGCUCAUCAGCGCACUGCCGGCUCUGACCUUACUGGACUUGACUUGUGACUGUGACACACCCGCAAACCUAUCUGACACCGCUGCCAUGGCUCUAGCCCAGGCUCUACACAGACUCCCCGCCUUGGAGUGCCUGAACCUGUACAACUUCUCCAUGGAGCCUGCAGGGUUCGAGGCUGUGAUGCAGGCUGCUGAUGAACACCCAAAACUGAAAGAGCUGGUGUACGAAAAAGAGCUGGUUCCUGAGGGAGCGGAUACCAGUGCUAGCUGCUUGGAUCUGUGGUUGUAGAGUUACAACCUCAUGAUCGACUUACAGGUGGUUUCAAGAACUAUUUCAAGACCCUAUUUUUCUGUGUUUGGACAACCUGAUCUUGAGUUUGGACUUUUGAGCAUCUACAUUAUACGGCAUCAAUAUUCGUGUAAACCCCAAAAUACUCUCCAGAUCAAUUACAACCAUGUAAAACAAAUUGAUUCCCAAACAACCAUUGGGAAAUCUUCAAAGCGGCGGCUCUUCAAAAGUCUUGGGUUGAUCAUGAAAAUUAUGCUUUUAAUGUGUUCUUCUGGAUAAUUGUUUGCCAAUUCAUAACCUUAAAAACUUUGCUUUCCAUUUGUAUGGCCGAAAAGUGACUUUGAUCUCUGCCAAUCAUCCUAGUGAAACUAAUGCUUAAAGAUUAAAGAUUUAAAUAGAGAUCAUUAUCUUAAGAGAUAGAUUUAAUAAUGUUGCCCUCAAAACAGCGGCGGCUGUUAGGUAAUCCGGGGG